UGUUCAAAGUCUGGUACCACACAGCUCUGUGACAAUUGUUUUAAAGCCAAUUCAUCUGGGCCAGAAGGAUGGCUCAGCGGAUAAAGGUGCUUGCCUUCAAGCCUGACCACUGAAGUUCAGGAACCGGAAGAAACUGUCCUCUCACCAGCCAGUUUCCUAGGUUGAAGAAGUGAGGUGCGUGCAUUAGGAGGGAAGCAAGCAGUAAAGACGCAACUUGACUUCAGAUAACCUAAAAGAAGUAUUGAUUGCCUGUAGUCAAUCAUAGCAGUUGCCAAGGGGACAAAGCUUCCUUUUAACUGGCUGGGCAAGCUGCUGAAGGAAGAGCUGGCCUCUCACUGAGGCAGUCAUGCAGGCCUGAAAUGACAAGCAGAAGGUUGGCAGGUUUGUCCCUGGGUAGAUGGAUCACCUGAUAGAGACACUGGGGACCAAACCCUGGGAUUGGCUUAAAACUGGGCUGUGUUGAUCCCGUGGCUGGGCUUUGGCAUCCUGUCAAUCUGCUGUCUGCUCAAAAGCCUAGAAAUAGUGCUGGGGCAGUCUUCUGGACUCUGAGAAAGAAAGCAGCCAUGCAAGUGCUCACUAAACGUUACCCCAAGAACUGCCUGCUGACUGUCAUGGAUCGGUACUCGGCUGUGGUGCGCAACAUGGAGCAGGUGGUGAUGAUCCCCAGCCUUCUGAGAGAUGUGCAGCUGAGCGGGCACGGAGGCUCGGCCCAGGAGGGAGCCCCCGAUCUCUAUACCUACUUCACCAUGCUCAAGACCAUCUGUGUGGAAGUGGAGCAUGGGCUGCUGCCAAGGGAAGAGUGGCAGGCCAAGGUGGCCGGUAGCGAAGCCAGCGACACUGAGAAUGAAGCUGUUGAGGCAGAGGAAGCUGAAGACGAGAGGGUCUCUGGGGAGCUGGACCUAGAAGCCCAGUUUCAUCUGCACUUCUCCAGCCUCCAUCACAUCCUUACCCACCUUACCCACAAAGCCCAGGAAGUGACAAGGAAAUACCAGGAAAUGACAGGACAGGUCCUGUAGGCCUCCAACUCUAAGGAAGAUCACUUUACCCUGAGAGAGGGAAGACAGACGAGGACUCAAUGGUGCAUCAGCCUUGGGACCAGAAGGGAAGGCCUGGACCCAGCUGGCAGCAAAGGGGACUUGUGUCUCUGGGAUGCUGCCCCACCUCCAGCUGAUCGAGUUUGUGGACUCAGUUGCAGGCUCACCCUUAAGAUGUUUGUUUUGAUUCCCAACUUCUCCUUAGCAAGUAGUCAAAGUUCACAUCCCACCUCUUGGAUGUCAUUUAGUGCCCAGUGUCACAAGUUAUUUAUCCCAGGAGCCCAAAUUCCCUCAUGUAUAAAACAGAGAGAGAGAUACUGUACCUACCUCACAAGGUUACUAAAAGGAAACACGGAAUCAAAAGCACUUGGCAUGUGCCGACAUUCUAACAGCUGGCAUUGCUUCUAACACCGGAAUAUAUGCUGUGUGUAGCUCUUGCUUUUCACCCCACAGAAGAGGCAAAGGUAGCUGAGUGUGAGAUGAGCUACUCACCCUGUUGAAUCUGAUGACCACAGAUGAGGCUGAGCACAGAUGAACUAUGAACCUAUUUAUUGCAGUCACAAUUAAAAAAACAAAAAACAAAACAAAACAAAAAAACCAUGGUGUGUUGGUGUCUUUUUUUUUUUUUUAAGUACUUUCUCUAAUAUAAUUUCCACAAGUGCAUUCUUGGACACCAAAUUCAUCUGAGUUUCCUAGAAACAAUUUGUUAUAUUCAUACUGUUACCUAAUUUGAAAUCAAGUACCUACUAAUUUUACUCACCUCUAAAACCGAAUCUGAUUAUAUAUAGGUUUGUAAAGAAAUAAAAAGGGGGGAUGAGCAGCAUUUGGAUUUGAUGAACUGUAAAGAAUUGUUUCUCUGUGAGUUCCAGGAUAGCCCAAGCUACAUACUAAGACCCUGUAUUGACAAGCACUUUCUGUCUGCUAGGUGUGGUGUUCUAGUGUCAAAGUUUCAACAGAUUAUGGCAGCUAUCAAGUUGUCUUUUCCAGCAUGAUCCAUCCAGGUGCAAAGGUUUGUCAAACUAUCCAUCCUAUUGAAUCUUCCCAAACCCCACUCUGUAUUGUUACAGGGAGAGCUCAGAAAUACACACCUGUUGUUCUCAUUAAAAACAAUUAAGGGGGCCCAGUUAGAUGGAGCAGUGGGUAAGGAUGCUUGCCACCAAGAUUGAGGACCGGAGUUUGAUCCCUGGAAAUCACAUAAAAGUGUGUCUGCAACACACCUGCCAUGGCAUGUGCCUCUGCACACACCCUAAAUACAAAAUAUAAACAAAAGCCCUUUUGGAGAGCCAAGAGUGACAACACGUAUUAAUCCUAAUGCUUGGACAAACUGAGGCAGGAGAUUGAAAGUACAUGGUCAGCUGGGCUACAUAGGAAUGAGGUCUCAUAAAAACCCAAACCAAAACCAAAUUAAACAUUCUGGUAACUUCCCAGGACUUACUGGGAUCAAACUGAAAUCUCUUUGUGUGACACAAACACUUCAUAAUCUCGCUUAUUUUGUACCCUACUGACACCAGAAGAGUAGUAGGGGAAUGCUGGCAAAGGGUCGGAUACGAUCUCAGACUUUACAGGCAAAAUUGUCACUACUAUUCAAAUCCAUGGUUGCAGCAUUGAAGCAGCCACAAACAACACAUAGACAAAAGAACAUGGUUGCUUUCUUAUAAAACUUUCUCAAUACUGGGGCUUCAGAUAUAGCUCAGUUGGUAGAGUUCUUGCCCAGCAUGCAUGGCUUCAGUCCCCAACACUAUACAAAGUGGGUACUGAAUGGUACACCCAUAACCCUACCACCGGGGAGGUAGAGACAGGAGGAACAGAAGUUGAAGGUCAUCUUCUACUACACAGUGAGUUCAAAGCCAUCCUGGACUAGACCGUGUGCCUCACAAAAAAACAACCCUCCCUAUAACUUUAUCAGCAGUAAGCCAAAUCUGAUUCACAUACUAGU